AACCACAUUUUCCCCUCAGCGACCACAACAAUAGGCAGGAGCUAGAGAGAAAGGAAAAAAAUCAAAGAAAUUUGAAGAAGAAAAAUGGAGAAGAUUGAUGAUCAUCUUAAGCCUAGCCACAGUGUUUCCGCUGGUGCCGCGACAGAGAAGUGGGAGGAGGCUAGUACUGGAAUCCGAACUGUCGAGACGAUGCUCCGGUUAGCUCCGGUGGGUCUUUGUGUUGCGGCGCUUGUAAUCAUGCUUAAAGACUCUCAGACUAAUGAGUACGGCGAAGUUUCUUACUCCAGUCUCUCAGCUUUCAGGUACUUGGUGCACGCAAAUGGAAUAUGUGCAGGCUACUCGCUUCUCUCAGCAGCCAUUGCAGCCAUGCCUGGUUCUUCUUCCACUAUGCCUCGUGUUUGGACCUUCUUCUGUCUCGACCAGAUUCUGACCUACGUGGUUUUAGCUGCUGGAGCUGUGUCUACUGAAGUUCUGUACUUAGCCUACAAAGGAGACGAUGCCAUUACGUGGAGCGAUGCGUGCAGUUCAUUUGGCAGUUUCUGCCAUAAAGCCACUGCUUCUGUUAUAAUCACAUUCGUUGUGGUUUGCUUUUAUGUCGCUCUCUCUCUCAUCUCCUCUUAUAAGCUCUUUACUCGCUUUGAUCCUCCAACCGUCGUUGACUCCGACAAAAACGUCGAAGUUGCUGUCUUUGGAAGUUGAUCCGUAGCUUUCUUUAUUUAAGACAUCCUAAUUUGUCAAUGUUUACAUGUUUCGACUUGUUUUUUUUAAUAACAUUGUUCAAAAAAAUAAGGAAUGCUUGUUUCUGUUCA